UGGCGACGUGCCGCUAACUUCACUCCAGAUAUUGACAGUUGGUCGUGCGUUCGGAGAAGGCAUCUAAGCUAACCUCAGUUUCCCGCAAAAAAGUUCUUCGCUCGUCUGAAUUCUCAGUGUGUUCGCGCAGUUCUUCACUGUUAACAGAAAAGAGGAAUUCUCUUAGAAUUCUUUAGUGUUUGAAACCAGUCCGGAGAGAGAUAGAGAGUAACCAUGGGUGAUGACAAGAAAGUAUCGGAUUCUGAGCACAUCAACUUGAAAGUGCUGGGACAGGACAACGCUGUUGUUCAGUUCAAGAUCAAGAAGCACACCCCACUGCGGAAGCUGAUGAGCGCCUACUGCGACAGGGCAGGUCUCAGCCUGAACGUGGUGCGUUUCCGUUUCGAUGGGAACCCCAUCAACGAGACAGACACACCGACCUCCCUCGAGAUGGAGGAGGGUGACACAAUCGAAGUGUACCAGCAGCAGACAGGCGGCUCCUUCUAGUCUAGUGUCUCCUCCCUCACAAAUAGUUUAAUAAUCGUAUUAGUAUUAGUUUUCUCUUCCGCAUACACAACAUGUAUGCACAUCCACAUAAUUUUGUAACAGUUCCGUUUAAUCAACAUCAAAACAUACUGGAAAAUGGGGUGAAAGACCAGGAAACAUCGACAAACACAUAUUGGAAAUGAAAACACUUUUGGUGCAGCAUUCUCUGUGUGUGUGCGACACAUGCCAUUUUUCCUUUUUCCUCUAGUUUCAUUCAUUUAUUAUU